GUUCUAUCUCAUUCGAGAAUUCAGCAGUCCAGUUUAAUCAGCUGCUGUCCUGCCAAUCUGUUGCAGUUUUUUCGAGCUGUGAAAAAAAAAAUACAUAUACCCCGCUCUGAUAACACCCACAACCGCCGAACGACUUUUUUCACCCGUUUCUUCACUUGAAUCUUUUUUUUUCUCUUCGUGAUACCCAUCCUGCUGAGCGCUGCUACUGCAUUUAAGGAAAAUGGCUUCUCUUCCGUACACUUGCAACACAUGUCUUGUUGCUUUUCGCAGCAGCGAUGCGCAGCGAGACCACAUGCGCCGAGACUGGCACUUGUACAACAUGAAGCGUCGCAUCGCGUCCCUGCCUCCCGUGUCUCAGGAAACCUUCAACGAAAAAGUCCUCGCCGCCAAAGCAACGACCACGGCCGCUGCCGCCAAGGCCGCUUUUGAAACGACUUGCGUCGCCUGUCAGAAGACCUUCUACAGUGAGAACUCAUAUCAGAACCAUGUUAAGAGCUCCAAGCACAGGGCCCGCGAAGCACGCAUGAAGCGCGACCAUGCCGACGAUGCAUCGUCAGUCAUGAGCUCUACAUUCUCUCUGGGCGAGCCUAUCAACAAGCCCCAGCGCGUAAAUGAGGCUGAGGUGUCCAAGGUGGCGGAUACUCUCAAGAAAGCCACUAUCCAGGAGGAAGACGAGGAGGGCGAAGACGAAGAGAUGUCCGAUGACUCUUUCUCGCCUGCUCGUUGCUUGUUCUGCCCUAACGAAGCAGCGGACGUCCAGGAGAACACCGAGCACAUGCUCAAGGCCCAUGGCAUGUUCAUUCCUGAGAAGACGUAUCUGGUCGACUUGGAGGGGCUUCUCAACUAUCUUUACCGCAAGAUCAACGAAAACAGCGAAUGCACCUAUUGCCAUGUCAUCAAGAACAGCCCAGCCGCCAUCCGUACCCACAUGAAGGAUAAGGGUCACUGCAUGAUUGCCUUCGAGUCCGAGGAAGAACAGAUCGAGAUCGGCCAGUACUACGACUUCCGCAGCACUUACUCCGAUGACGAGGGCGACUGGGAGUCGACGACGAGCGAGACCCCCGAGGAAGGAGGUGUCAAAAUUGAGGGCGAGGACGAGGGCUGGGAGACGGAGACAACUGCUUCAUCCAUGGAUGAGGACGAGCUGGAUAAUCGCAAGAACGCACCUGUGGUUUACGCCACUGACUAUGAACUCCACCUUCCUUCUGGAAAGAGUGUCGGUCACCGCUCCCUUGCCAAGUACUAUCGCCAGAACCUUCACAACUACCCCUCUCCCGAUGAACGUGCGGCCCGACAGCUCGCCAUCGAAAAUGGCGAGGCUAUGGAUGUGGAUGAGAAGCCCCGUGGUCGCAACCUCAACCGAGCCCUUAUCACCCGAGCCAACGGCGGUACGGGCAUGAUCGGUGUCUCGGACACCCAGAAGCGCCUUGUGGUGGAAAGCGAGCGUAAGGAGCGCACUCGGGCCAUUCGACAAGAAAUGCGGUACACGGCUCGGGUGAACCGCGCAAGCAACAACCAAAAACACUUCCGCGAUCCUCUCCUGCAAUAAAUUUGUGCGCAUGGUCUUCCUGCAUCAUUUGAUGAGUAUAUGAUUUGGUUGAGAUCGUUUGCUUCUGCAGCCCCUUGGGUUUCUGCACUAUGUUCUGAGCAUUAUAUAUGAUGGAGUUGUGGUAGGGUACAUAAUUGUACAUACUCUGGUAUGGCAAAAGUUAGAUCGACUUAUCACCUUGAUUUGCCUGUUUGAUUGAUCAAUCCUCUGAAACAUGGCUACUCGCCACCCCCAGUCAAUCGACC